GUGCCCAGCCUCGUCCGUGCACAGCCCGCGCUCCGGGCUCCCACUGCGCGUGUGCCCAGUGGAGGCUGACGACUGCGUGAGACAACCCCUGAGGGGGGAGACAACCCCUAUGCGGGGACACAACCCCUGAGGGGGGAGACAACCCCUAUGCGGGGAAAACACACUCCAGUCCGCCCCCUUCUCGCCUCCGCGGCUCCGCAGACAGAGGGCGGGGGAGGAGGGCCGAGACCGGAAAGGCGACGGUCUGGCGACCUGAACCCCCAAGCUGGCUGGAGCGCCUGAGUCGCCGUCUCCUCUCCGCAACGUUCCGAGGACUGACCGUGAGUCGCCCCCACUCCGGGGGCUGAAGCGCCGGCUCCCCGCCGGCGAAGGAGCGCAGCGUUCCUGACCCGAAAACAGGCGGCGCCCGGGCGCGUGCGCAUCUUCCCGAGAGCCCCUGGCACCGCCCCCGGGCGGGGAGAGGUGGGAGCCGAGGCGGGUGUGCGGGGAAGGAGAGGUGGGCACCGCCCCAGCGGGGUGGGCGGAGCGGAGGCGCCGGGGCGCCUGCCACCUCCGCUCCUCCGCCCUCGGCUCACGCAGGCCCCGCGCCUCCGCAGCGCGCCUGCCCAGCAUCCUUCAUCCUGACCCUCCCUGGAGGCGGCGCCGGAGACCCGACGGCCCAGGACCGCAGUCCAGAAACGCCGGCGCUCCCUCGGCCGGACAAGCCCGGGGCGCUGGUUACUGCGCGACCGGGGCGACUUGCUUUUCUCACCUCCAGAACCGCCUUUUCCCUUUCUCUAAGUGCCAGCCGUUAGGUUUGCAAAGCCGCCAGACCUCAUCUUUAAAAUAAGCCCCUGCAGGGCGUGGCUGGAGGGCUCCCGCCGAGCGGCCGGGGAGAGUGGGUCUUGGCUGCUAUGACUCUCGAUCAGUGCCUGCAGAGAACGAGGAAGAGGCUGAGGGCAGAGCGUCCUCGGGAGGAGAUGCUUUUAAAAAAUCAUCUGUAGCAGCAGUAGGAACGGUUUUGUUUAUACCGAGUGGGUUUUCGGUGAAAUGCUACUUUGGUUAAAAGAAGACAUGGCCCUCCAGGAGCUCACCCGGCGACUGGCCACAGUGAUCACUCAUGUCGAUGAGAUUAUGCAGCAGGAGGUCAGGCCCUUGGUGGCAGUGGAUAUAAUGGAACAACUUCACAGACAAUUUGCCAUUCUUUCAGGAGGCCGAGGGGAGGAUGGUGCCCCCAUCAUCACUUUUCCAGAGUUUGCCGGCUUCCAACACGUCUCAGAUGAGGACUUCCUGAAUGUCAUGACCUACCUGACCAGCAUCCCCAGUGCGGAGGCUGCCAGCAUCGGAUUCAUCAUUGUUAUUGACAGACGAAGGGACAAGUGGAGCUCCGUAAAGGCAUCCUUGACACGGAUAGCUGUGGCAUUUCCAGGAAACUUGCAGCUCAUAUUCAUCCUUCGUCCAUCUCGCUUUAUCCAGAGGGCGUUCACUGACAUUGGCAUUAAAUAUUAUCGAGGUGAAUUUAAAAUGAAAGUGCCGAUCAUCAUGUUAAGCUCUGUUUCUGACCUUCAUGGCUACAUUGAGAAAAGCCAACUAACACAGGAGUUAGGGGGAACUUUGGAAUAUCACCAUAGUCGGUGGAUAAAUCAUCGCACUGCCAUUGAAAACUUUGCCUUGACACUGAAGACUACUGCCCAGAUGCUGCAGACGUUUGGGGCCUGCCUGGCCACGACGGAGCUGCCCAGAGGCAUGCCAUCCACUGAAGACCUUCUCAUGUCCCACACAAGGCAGCAGGACAAGAUGCAGGAUGAGCUGAAAUUACUUACAAAGCAAGGGGCCACAUUGCUGUCAUGCAUCCAAGAACCAGCAACCAAAAAUCCCACCAGCAGACUCAAUCUCAAUGAACUUGAGAAUGUAGCUACCAUGGAAAGGUUAUUAGUUCAAUUGGAUGAAACAGAAAGAGCCUUUAGUGAGUUUUGGUCUGAGCAUCACCUGAAGCUCAGCCAGAGCCUACAACUACAGCGCUUUGAGCACAAGUUCUGUAAGGUUAAACUUGCCCUGGAUGAUUUGUUGGAAGAGCAAGCAGAGUUUACAGGCCUUGGAGACAGUGUGAUGCACGUGGAGCAACUUCUUAAGGAACACAAGACACUGGAGGAAAAAGGCCAGGAGCCCUUGGAAAAGGCCCAGCAGCUUGCAGUAGUUGGGGACCAGCUCAUCCAGAGUCACCAUGAUGCAGUGGACUCCAUCAGGCCCAGGUGUGUGGAGCUCAGGCACCUCUGUGAUGACUUCAUCAAUGAAAAUAAGAAAAAACAUGACAUUUUAGGAAAGUCCUUGGAGUUGCAUAGACAGCUGGAGAAGGUCAGCCAGUGGUGUGAAGCGGGAAUCUACCUCUUGGCUUCUCAAGCUGUAGACAAGUGCCAGUCUCGAGAAGGGGUUGACAUUGCCUUGAAUGACAUUGAGACAUUCCUGGGCACAGCCAAGGAGUAUCAGCUGCUCAGCCCCAAGGAGUUUUACAACCAGUUUGAGUUGAUACUCACCCUUGAUGUAAAGGCCAAAGCCCAGAAAGUCCUGCAGAAGCUGAGCGAUGUGCAAGAAAUAUUUCACAGGAGACAAGUGAGUCUGAUGAAACUGGCAGCCAAGCAGACUCGCCCAGUGCAACCCGUGGCCCCCCAUCCUGAGUCUUCUCCAAAAUGGGUGUCACCGAAAACCAGCCAGCCCUGCGCCUUGGCUCCUCCUCAGAGAACAUCUGAGGCACCUUAUACAGAGACAGAUUUGAACUCCCUAGAGAAGGAAGAUGAUGAGACUAAAUUUGAAGUCAAGAAUGAAGAAAUACUUGAAAGCAGUCACGAUGAGCUGGAGCAGCUUGCCAGUCACGAAGACCUUUCCCCCAGCAGGCGCAUUAUACGUGACUUGCUUGAGACUGAAGAGAUUUAUAUAAAAGAAAUUAAGAGCAUAAUUGAUGGAUAUAUCACUCCAAUGGAUUUUAUCUGGCUGAAGCAUCUGAUUCCAGAUGUUCUUCAGAAUAACAAAGACUUUCUCUUUGGGAAUAUUAGAGAACUUUAUGAAUUUCACAACAGGACUUUUCUAAAAGAAUUGGAAAAGUGUGCUGAAAACCCUGAACUUCUGGCACAUUGCUUUCUCAAGAGAAAAGAAGAUCUUCAAAUAUAUUUUAAAUACCAUAAGAAUCUGCCCCGAGCUAGGGCAAUCUGGGAAGAGUGUCAAGGCUGUGCCUACUUUGGGGUAUGCCAGCGCCAAUUAGAUCACAAUUUCCCUCUUUUUAAGUAUCUUGGAGAACCAAGCCAGAGACUCAUAAAAUACCAGAUGCUGUUGAAGGGUCUGCUGGAUUUUGAGUCUCCUGAAGAUUUGGAGACAGACUCACGUGACCUACAAGGAGGCUCAGCUAAGAAUGGGCCAAAGGAGACCAACCAUUCAGCAUUCUCGGCUGAACUGCAACAAGCUUUGGUGGUGGUAGAGGAUUUGAUCAAGUCCUGUGAGUUGGCCGUGGACCUAGCAGCAGUCACUGGAUGUCCGGAUGAUAUUGGAAAACUGGGCAAGCUGUUAAUGCAUGGCCCUUUCAACGUCUGGACAAUUCACAAGGAUCGUUAUAAAAUGAAGGAUUUUAUCCGAUUUAAGCCCAGCCAGAGGCAAAUCUAUCUAUUUGAAAGGGGAAUAGUGUUCUGUAAGAUAAGAAUAGAGCCCAGCGACCAGGGUCUAUCUCCUCAUUACAGCUUUAAGAAGUCUAUGAAGUUGGUGACACUUUCAAUUCGCCAACUUGGAAGGGGGAGCAAUAAAAAGUUUGAAAUUGCCAGCCGAAAUGGACUUGAGAAAUACAUCUUGCAGGCAGCUUCGAAAGAAAUCAGAGAUUGUUGGUUUUCAGAAAUCAGUAAAUUAUUGAUGGAACAACAAAACAAUAAGAAAGGCCAAGAGAAGCUACAGGUUGAAGCAAGUAUUAGCAAAGGUGAUGGAGUGGAGCGUGCACCCCGGAUUGAAAAUACAGGAAGAGCUACCAUUAGUAAGGAAGACGCAUUCUCCAGCACACGUGGGAUUAAAGGGCAACAAGCAGCACCGAGGCGCGCGCCGGGGCGCCAGGCUCGCUCCUUCCCAGGCAGAGGCAGUGCAGGUGAUGGCAGGAUGCCCGCGGACCUCCCCGGCAGCGAGCUGAGCCUUCUGCAGGCAGCCCCCGCUCCUCAGCUCGGCCGAGCCGCCCCUGGGCCUCGGGGGAGCGGCUGCAGGGCGCACCGAGGGCCGUGCCCACCUUGAGCAGAAAGCAGCCGAGGGGCCUCAGGCUGCGGACCUGCCGGCCCGGGAGGGGGCGCCCACGGCCACCCUCCGGGAGCCCGAGGAGCGCUCUGCGCGUGCGCCCCCGCUCCCGCCGCCCGCGGGCACUCGGAGCUCACCUCACCGCCUGCAGAGGCGAGCGGAGCCCGCAGCCCACGCCCGGAGGGCUCGGCCCGGGGCCUCAACCUCGGCACUUCUGACGUUUGACGUUUUUUGUUGUGGGGGCUGUUUUCGCAUCUGAGGAUGUUCAGAGCAUGCGUGGCUUCUACCCACUACGUGCCAGUAGCACGCGACCCCCACCCCCACCCCCAAAUUGUGACAACCCCAAAUGCCGUCAGCCGUGGCCAAAUUUAUCUGGGGUAGGGUGGGGAUCAGUCGAGAACCACUUUGGAGGAGAAGCUUCUCAAACCCGCAGACCUGGGAGCCGCGUGAAUCUCCGCGAGAACGUUGAUGGAGAGUUUGUGUUCGGUCCAAGACUGUUUAGUUUCAGAGACGGAAGCAGCUACUGGCCCAAGGACUGAUGGAACGAAGGGAAGAAAGAGAUUGGAAGAAUCAAAACACAGAAGCUUGGAGGUAACCUCAAAGCUGGGGUUAGUCCGCCAAGGAGAAGGCACUACUGAUGAUGGCACAGGUGGCUUGGGCUCAGAGGCUGGGUUGGGAGGACAAGGCACAGCCAGUUGAGGCUGGUGUCACUGAGGUGGUCCGAUGAGGCUAGGUUAUGGGGGGAUUGGGAAGAUGGCAAACUGGAACAAACUGCUGCUUCUGGAAUCACUGUCGCUGUCAGGGUGAAGACCAGUUGCUAGGGGAAUGCUGACUGGAACCCAGGCACCCAGGAAGGAGCAGGUCCCUCUCACUUCUUCCAGCUGCCAGCCAGUCUGGCAAAGGAGGCUCGUGGCCCUGCACCAAAGAGCAGAGACUAGGAGGGUGGGCUGGAAGCUGAGAGAUCACAGCUAAUAACCAGCCCACUUAGCUUUGGAGUUGCUUAGUUUUAGAGUUCGUUUUGGAUUUAGUUCGUUUUGGAAUUGUUAGAGAUAUUUGAUUUUAAGUUUUCACGGGCCAUGAGAUCUGGCUGAGUCUUUGGUCCCCUGAUUUGUUUCUGGAAUGGAGUGGGCCAAAAAACACCUGAGAGGAGCCUCUACCAUGAGACUCAAGAAAAUCACUUUAGAAUUCAAAACAGCAAAAAUAAUAGUCUCUUUUGUUCAUAAGGAAGCCCUUUGACUGGGUGGCCAGAGAAGGGCAGAGACAAAGGGACAGACCACCAGGAGGGGCUCCAUUUGUCCAGCAGAAUGUUCCACUUUGAAAUUUUUCAGAACCUUAAGCUGUGUUGUGGGGCCACCCUAUCCCACCUCCUUUCCUAGCAACAAAGCAUCGUUAUUGAUAGAGUGUGUUUCAAAUGUGUAGACUAUUUGUACAAUAAAGUUUGUUCCAAAUCCAUAA